AUCUCUUUAUCUUUUGUACUUCUGGCUAAUGUUCCGCGACAGCUCGUUCAUCUGUUGCUUCCCGUUGCUCGUCGCGAGCAAGCGCGCCGCAAGGAACUGACAAGCGAGCCUUUUUGGUCAUGUUGACCAUGUCAAUGUUCACCCAAAACUAAUACGGUAGGAGUAUUAUCACUAGGUAUGGCCAGAGAAUAAUGCAAAAAUCUGCCGGCCUGAGAGACGCCAGGGCAAAGAAGCCGCCCGAAUGCACCACUUGGAAGCACGCCGUCUCCGCACACCUCGCACGACCUAUUCUUCUUGUCCCCUCGACAAGUUCCUGCACGUACCAACGAGUGAUCACCAUGCGGACAACAAGCAACGGCGCUGUGUUGCCAGCAGUGAGGCUGACUCGCCUUCUCCUCUGCUCUGUUGAUCACUCCCCGCGCGCCCGGGGCAGUAAUGGCGCCGCCGUCAUCUUUGCUCCGCGACCUCCUCGUCGCUGAUGGCUUCAAGAACCGCCGCAGCAAGAAGCCCGUGCCGGACAACUCUCCGACCGCCCCACGAGCCGUGAGCAUGCCCCCACAGCACCGGCGGCCCACCAAGCCUUCGCGGUCGCAGUCCGACGUCCUCACCCACAGCCGCCUCAGGGACGACGAUGCCGACGACGGCCAGAAGCUGCCCGCUGCUACACGGAGAUCAUCGGCGUCGCUGACGAGCGCGAGAAGCUACCAGAACAAGAACAAGGACGGCAACGGUUCUACUUCUUCUUCUACCGCGAUACCAUGCCUGGACGAGUCGGCGCUCAGCGCGCUCAUCUCCCUGGCCGCGGGGUCCGUGAAGCAGUUCGGGACCGACGAGGCCUUCCGCGCCGCGCUGCGGGCCGGCUGCACGUCGUGCGUCGGCGAGUCCAACCACCGGGCCGUGCUGGACCUCCGCGUGAUCGCGCAGACCGUGGAGCGGGCCGCGGCGGCUGAGGAGGGCCAGGGCCUCCUGGACCCGCGGGACCUGAAGCGGGCCUCCCUCAAGCUGCACGCCCUGGCGUCCCUCGGCCCGGACGAAGCGCAAGCGGUGACCGCGUCGGGGGUGCCGCACGAGCGCCUCGCCGCGUGCGCGCACCUCUACAUGUCCGUCGUGUCCAGGCUCCAGAGGAAAGACCACUCCUCCGCGGUGCACGCCCUAGAGGCCUUCUGCCUCGCGCCGCGCGAGGCCCGGACCGUGCUGCUGCCCGCGCUCUGGGACAGGCUCUUCCGCCCGGCGCUCUCGCACCUCAGGGCCUGGCGCGACCGGGAGUUCUCUUCUGCGGCGACGGCAGCAGCGAGCUCCGUCGACGCUGGCAGGGUGAAGAAAGACGCGGUGGAGAAGGCGUUCCUCGACGCCUUGGACGGCGGCACGCGCUCGCUCGCGUGCUACUACAGGGACUGGCUGCUGGGCCGCACCGAAGCGAUGGCGCUCCCGUCCGUGCCUGCUCCUCCCAGCACGGCUCUUCUUGCCGCUGGCGGCGCGGCGAGGUUCUCGUCGUCCACGACGUACGAUAUCGGCUCGGACGUCGCGUUUAGCUCCGGGAGUCAGAGUCCUGCCAUGUUUGCCAUCGAGGAGACGCCGGGGCAGCCUGAGCUGGUCGAGAAGGAAGAGAUCGUGGAAGCGAAGGCCGUGGAUGUGGAAAGCGUGUUCCAUGAGUGCGACGGCGGUGAAGCAAGUAGUACGAGCUACACUCCCACGCCGCGGGCAGAAGAACACGAGCCCGUGCCAAACGAGCUGGCCAUGGAGGCAUCGGAACCAAAGAUCGAAGAUGAACGGAGCAUGCACGGAGCACGCGAGUCAACGAGUUACCUGCCGAUCCGUGACAUGUCAGCCAUUGACCUUCUCACACUCGAGUUCUGUGAAGGGUCUCUCCGUAGUGGCACGGACGGCGACCAAGUCCACCCUUCAAUCUUCUCCACCACCCCGAGCGAUUUCCUCUGCCCGCUGACCCGGCAGAUCUUCAACCGCCCCGUGACGAUCGAGACGGGCCAGACGUUCGAGCGGCACGCCAUAGUGCAGUGGCUCGAGAGAGGCAUCCGGGCGUGCCCCGUCACAGGGCAAGAGCUCGAGACGCUGUCGGUCCCGGACACGAACCGCGUGCUCAAACGCUUGAUCGAUAGCUGGAAGUCGGAGCACUGCAAGAGCCUGCAGCUGGACACCGAAAGCAGAGUGCCCGAAGAGAAGCUGAACGUAGCGGUCGUAGACCAGGUCCUUGAUUCGGGAUGCGACCCGGCCGAGCAGAUCCAGAGGGCGAGGCACCUCAUGGCGAUCGGGGGUGUGGAUUUCCAUCUGCACAGGUUUCAGGAAGGGACGGUGGAGCAGAAGGCGCGAGCAGCCGAGCACCUGCUGCUCUGCAUCCAGGCAGAGGGCGGCUGCAGGAACUACGUGGCCGUAGGGCUUGAUGGAGAAAGUGCCAUUCGGCUUGUCCACAGUGAGGUUGUUUCAGCGAGGAGUGCUGCUGUGCGUCUGCUCGCCGAACUGCUUUGUUUGAGAAGGAGGGAAAUGGUCGAAUUGGUCAUACGUGGACUGUGCACGACGUCGAUAGCGGAGACGAUGAAUGUGCUACUCCAGCAUCUCCGAAGCUCACCUGUGGAAGAACAAGCCCUGGUUGCAGUUCUGCUCUUAUACUUCGACCAUACAUUGGAGGAGCCCCACCGAAACAGCAAAUGCAGAGAAGAGGCCGCCAGGAUCCUCACGGAGUCUCUGACACGUUGCGUGUCUGAUGAAAACGUCGUGCCAAACACCCGUAAGGCUCUGUUGAUAUUAGGAGGGCACUUCUCCUUCUCAGGCGACCUUCUCGCAGAGCACUGGAUGCUGGAACAGGCCGGCUUCGUAGACGACUCGUCUGCCACAUCCGUCAAUUCCGAUGCCGCCGUGCAGGACACGGAAUCCGCCGAAGAAGAGGCGUGGCCGGGACACGUGACCACGGUGCUCCUCGGCAGCGGGAGGAGGCCGUUCCUGGCAGCGCUGUCCAGGGGCCUCAUCUCCCCAAACGCCGGCCUGGCCGCGGCGUGCCUGACGACGGCGGCGUGGCUGAGCCGUUCGCUGGCUUCGCUCGACGCCACGGACACGCAGCUGGCCGCGUUCGCGGCUCUCGUCCCGCGGCUGAAGCAGUGCCUGGCCGGCACUGGCAGCAGCGCCCACCUGCAGGCUCGGCACAGGGUCCUCGCGGCCGUGACUCUGCACAACUUCAGCAAAAUCCCAGACUGCAGGGUCCUGCUGAUGCUCCUGGCUGACGGCCUGCGGGAUCACCUGGCCGAGCUGGCGGAGCUGACUCGGACGGCCGGUCAACUGUACGCCGAGCUCAGCGAGUGACGCUGACUUCCGAGCGCCCGACGCCGCAUGCAAGCCGCGGGGGAGCCUGUCGUCGUCUUUGCGGAAGAGUCAAGGAAGUAUGUGCACGGCGCUGCUUUUCUCUGACCAUUUCAGCUCAGAGCCCUCUGAACUCUUUUAACGGCUCGUCGUCGACAGCGACAAGACAAGAACACACAGCGACCAAGGAUAUAUGUGCUGAUCUGUACUGUACAGUACUCCUCCGUCCUAAUAUACCAGGCGUUUUAGAAAUCUUACAGAUACCAAGAACGUCGGAACAGGAGGCAUGCAGUGUGGAGAAAUUCUAUUUCUACCCUGCUUAAACUAGCACCCAUGGUCAGACUAUUUACCUCGUUUGGCAUGCCGGCCAAUGAAUUCGAGGCACAGGCGUCAGGAGUGGCGAGUCGAUGGAAAAGUAGUAUUUUUUUACAGAUUGUUUAGUACAAGCAGAGGGUAACUUGGGGAGGAGGAGGCCAAGCUCUGUACUAAGCCUGGUACAUAGGGACUGUAGAGUUCGAAUAAGACGUCUGGUAUAUUAGGACGGAGGGAGCAGUAGCAUGUAUGACUUCAUGUCGCUCCAUCGAUCUACAGUACUACGUACAAAAAAAUACGAUGAGGCGCCGGCUGUGAAUAUAGUUUCAUCGUUAGAGAGAGUCAGCUGAGACCUGUACGUUUGUAGGAGUACAAGUUUGUGUAUGGAAUUAUGGAUCAACCUUUGGAUUGAUUAUAGGAGUUCUGCUUGCA